GGUGUCACGUUUUUGAAGAACAAAGCCUCCAAUUCCCGAAUGAUCGAGAUAAGUCUUACGACAUGCUCGUAAACUAUGUAUAUAAUAUAUGUAUAAUACAGAACCAGAUUCUUAUUCAUAGGCUACGCAAAAUAUGUCUCAUGGACAUUGGAUUUAAUCAUAAUGUUUAUACCACAUUUGCCUGAAGUUCAAAACCUGUGUAAAUAUUAGUAUUAGUGCUAAAAUCAAGUUUUACUUUUAGCCUUAUUAAUAUUAGUUAUACUUCUAACUCUAAGCUACGUUAAGUUGAUUAAUAUUAAUAAGUACUAGUUAUAGGCGUUAUUAUAGUUUGCGUUUUUGUAUUUUACUUGUAAAGUACUAUAAUGAUUAUCUUUAGUUGUUUGGGAUAUAGCUUUUCCAAAUUCUUGAGCGCAUUUACUAAAAAGUUUAUUGAUAAUAGUAAUUUGAGAACUGCAAUGAUUAUUUGAUAAUUCACCCUUACUUUUCUGUUUUCAGAUGUCACUUAAGUUAAACUUUAUGGAAUUGACAAGGAUGGAAAAUUAUAGGAUGACACAGAAUGUUGAAAACUUGACAUGAAAAACUGAUAUUUUAGAAUUUACAAAGAAAUAUGGGAGUUCGAGGAUUAAGCUCAUUUUUUGACCUGAAUCCAGACUUAUCCCUAUUACACCAUCUUCACGAUACAGAAAUUGUUAUAGAUGGGAAUAAUUUGGUUCAUUUAUUGUACUUCAGUUCCCGUUUGGAGUGUGUUUAUGGUGGAGACUAUGAUAGAUAUGCAGAUGUUGUGCGUGAUUUCUUCUUAGUUCUAUUUAAAUGUAACAUCAAACCAUUUAUUAUCUUUGAUGGUGGAUAUGACUUGUCAGACAAGAAGCUUCGAACUGUUCAGGAAAGAACAAGACAGAGGCUGUCUAUUGCCUUACAAAUAGCUAAACAUGGCCAAGCUUCAGAAAAAAUGCUUCCCAUUUUAGCUCAUGGUGUCCUGAGAGAUAUUUUGGUGGAAUUAAAUAUUUCACAUGCACAGUGUGACUUUGAAGCAGAUAAUCAAAUUGUAGCAAUAGCCAAUCAUUUGCAGUGUCCUGUUCUGAGUCAGGACAGUGACUUUUACAUUUAUGAUAUUGUAAGUGGAUUCAUAAGGCUAGAUUCUAUAGACUUGAACUGUUUACAGUCUGUGAAACCUGACGGAAGAACAUAUUACUAUUUAAAAUGUAAGAUUUAUUAUGUGAGUAAUUUUCUGUCUAAUUUUCCUGGCAUAGACAGAGUUGUUCUGCCGCUUUUUGGUACAUUAAUUGGAAAUGACAUUGUGAACAUUCAGACAUUUGAAACAUUUUUCUUAAAUAUGAAACUUCCAAAGAUGAAGUCCAAAAAGUUAAAAGUCAGUAAAAGACACAUCAGAAUGGUAGGGCUUCUCACCUGGUUACAGUAUCGGAGUCUUUCUGAAGCAGUUGAGUUUGUUCUCAGUUGUUUGAAAAAAUCUAACAGAGAUGCAGCAAGGGAGCUUAUCUAUGAAUCAGUAAAUGCAUAUAAGAAAUGUAACACUAACCUGAUACAUUACUUAAGUGACAAAAUCUGGGAAGAAGGUACUCCAGAAACCGAAUCAAGUCUGGUAACUUAUGAAGGAUAUGCACUACCUGAAUGGUUCAUAAGGCACUUUCAUGAAGGUUUUCUCUCACCAUUUUUUGCAAAUGCUUCAGGCUUGCAUCGUGUAUUUUUGCAAGUUCAAGUUGAAGAUGCAAAUGAACCAAAUACCUAUUUAUGCUCUUUGUCUUUAAGAAAAGUGUUAUAUGGGAUUAUUUUUUCAGUUCAGUCUUUGCUAGUAGGAGAUCAUGAAUCUCCGAAACAAGACAAACUGACUCGAUUGAAAUAUGUAGAAGAACAUGGUCGAAAUGGGAAUCAUAUUCAGAAAAGCUAUAUUGAACCAAGUUUUUACAUUGAAGGAUUUGGUUCAGUUCCCACCUUUGUUGACCUUCCAAAGUUGGACAUUAAACAAAAAAGACAGUUACUGGUAUCAGCUUUAGGUGUUAAUUAUGAUAAACUUAACAGUUUUCCAGAUUCUUUACAGUUACUUGUUGGAACUGUCUGGUUUUGGAUAAGAAAUGCCACACCACUGAUUAGUGAAAACUUUCUGAAUGCUUUUAUAGUUGCUUUGAUUGUUCUUGAUGUCAUUAAACCAUAUUGUUCAGGCUCACCAAAUAGUAAAUCCAGUAUUUUAUUAGACAAAUGUGUAUUCUUAGAAGAUUACCCCUCAUUAAUUAAUAUCCAAAAAUGUAAAGAAGAUUUUGGAUUUAAAAAAUUAUUGUUCUUAAAGCCUGAAGAUGUGAAAACAGUUGAAGCAAAAACAAGGAAAUAUUUUCGAAAACCUCAACACAGUAGUGCUCGCAAAUUUGUUGUUUCAGUUGUGCAUAGUCUAAACCAGUUUCAGACUUGUUUGCUGUUUUCAUUAUACCUUAACAAGCUAUUAUUGGAGCCAUUCAUAAGUCCUCAUGCUGAACGGUUCAUUAAUGGUACUUUUAUGUACAACCUAACAAGAGAACUUCAAAACGUAUCAACACCAGAACUAUUCGUAACAGAGCUUCUUGGAAGGAAUUCCUCAGUCUUGAGUGUUUUUCAGACCCUGAGAUAUAAAAUUAGAGAAAGUAUCUCAUCAGAUCUGCUUGUUAAGGUGGACGCCAAACCAGCAGGAUGUCAGAGUGUAAAGAAAAAAAAAAAAGGCACAAACAAUCCAAUAUAAUGAGUAAAAGUGGUGAUGUAAGUGAUGUGGAUGUUGAAAUUCCAAAUCUAUGUGGUAACCUUGGAAUAUUAGUAGAGGACAGUACUGAUGUGAUUCUCUAGUAAACUAUUAUGGGAAUCCUUUGAUGUUUACCUUAAUAGCUUUACAGUAUUAAGGUGUAAGGUGCCUUAGCUGGGUAGUGCAUGACAUUUAGUAAUAAAAUGUAAUAUUGCAUCAUAGUAAGAUUGAUGUGAUUUAAAUUAUAAUCAGGGUUAUUUUGAUGUAAUUUACACAUUAUUGUUCAACUUCACAUUAUACUGAAAUAUUCCAAGUUUUCACAAAUUUUACAAUUUACUUCUGGUUUAUUAAUUUAAGAUUAUUCUUGGUUAGCUUUGCAAAGCUUUGUUGUAAUUCACUAGUUCUCUUUCCAUUGUCUUAGUAUUUAGAGUUUACUGUGAUUUAAUUUAUCUAGCUGACACCUUUAUUUUUGUCUGGGGUCAAAACAGUUUAUUAUUAUUUUUAUGUAAUGUAAGUUUUUAAAACAGAACAGUUUAUUUUAUAGAACAUAUUAAGGAUCAGCCUGUGGGUUUCAUUAACAAUGAAAAUAAAUAUUUGUACACAGAUACAGUGUAAGUAGAGUAUAUUUUCUAUUUUUCAGGGACCAGGUACAUCAAUGAUAAAAAUCAGUAUAAAGAAUAAAGUUGAGUUUAUUUUUCUAACUAACAUAUCAAGAAGUCAAAGUAGUUAAAUUGCCCAUUUUUUUGUAAGACUUUGAAAACAAUAACUGUUAAUGAACAUAUUUGUACAGAAUACUAGAUUAAAAAAACUUUUUCUUUUAUUUAUUUACCACAAACCUUUUAGAUUCCAUGUAAUAUAAUAAGAUUAGUGUUAUUUGAAACUUUUAAUUGAAAAUCCAAAAUCGAUACAAGUUUGCAUUUGGGAUAUUCUGUAUACAUAUCUCGCGUAAUUUCUGAGUCUACUUAGUUUUUAUCUUGUUUAAGUUAUCAUUUUAUAUCUGUAAUUUUAUUUAGUGUUUUUAGCAUUUUUGUUUUUGUGAUUUAAUAUACACUACUCACAAAAAUGAAUAGUAAACUUUUUUGUUGUUGAUGACAAUAAGUUACUUGAAAAGCAAGUACUGUAGAUAAUUUUGAUUUGAUUCACAAGUACCUUGAUGGACUUAAAUAGUGGUCAAGCAUAUGUGAAUUUUUAGGUUAUAAUUUUUUAUAGAAUUUAGCAUGCUUAUUUUAUAGAAUUACAUUAAUCCCACCUAAGGCUUGCAAGUUUAUGCACCAAUGAUUCCUAAUGUAAUAGGCCUUUAUGAGAAAUAAUCCAAAUUCUGCAAAGCAAGAGGCUAGUUUUAAUUGAUUAGGAAAUAUGUUUACUUUUGAGAUAAUGCUAGAUUUAUGGAUUUUUUACUGAUAUUGAGUUUUGUAAAGAGUGUUCAAGCAGUUAGUAACCAACUGAUUGAAACUGAAAUUUACAGAGCCAUCACAAUGCUACAGGAAAGCUGCACCCACACUGAACUGGCACAGAUCAUUGGAGGUGUCACAGGUACUGUAGCUGACCAAUAACUGCAGAAAUUAGAUAUUAGAAACUGCAGCAGCAGCACUAUGGGUCUCAGGAAUGAACCUCAGCAAGCCACUGGAAUGUGUAUCAAGCUCAGGAUAUCAGUGAGAGCCCCAAGGUACUGAACAGCUCAGCUGGCAUUUGGCCAUGAACAUGUUCACAGAUGAGGACAGGUUCUGGUACCUUCAAGUGAUUGAUGUGUGAGGGUCUGGAUACAUGAAGAAGACCCAUAUUCAGCCUGUUACAUUGUCCACCAUGAUGCUUUUGGAGGUGGUCUGGGGUGGCCUCUGCAUGCAGAGGUGUACAAGACCUUUAUGUGGUGGAUGGAGAUCCUGACAGCAAGAUGUUAAAUGGAUGAGAUCCUGCCAUCUAUUGUUCAUCUUUUUGCUGGUGCUGUCAGAGAUGAUUUCAUGUAUCAGCAGGAUGAUGCCCAUCUUCACACUGCCAGGAUCAUGCAGCAGUUUUUCAGGAUGAAUAAAUAUAGAUACUGGAUUGGCCUACUAAGUCACCAGACCUGAAUCUGAAUGAGAGACUUAUUGGGCAGUGCUGUUGAACACAGACAACCUGCUCCUGUAACUGUCUAGGAGCUCAUAGCUGCUUUCAUCCAGGAGUGGACUGUGUUACCCCAUUAAGUCAUUCAAAAUGUUAUCAGCAGUAUGGGGAACAGGUGCAGAGAAGCUGUAAACAACAGAGGUGGAACUACCAGCUACUAAAGACACAUUUCAUUAAGUUUUUUCAGCUUAAUAGGUUAUUUUUUCUUUGAUAUUUGUGCAGCCAAAUAAUGGCAGUUUUCGUCAAUGUUUUUUUUUAUUAUUAUUAUGUAAAUGAAAUUUUUUACUUGCUUGGUAUUGUUUAUCUGUGAUGUUUGUUUCUUAAAAUUUUGAAUGAAAAUUUAAAUGCCAUUCACCUUUAAUUUUUGUGAGUAGUGUAGUACAUGGGCAUCCAAAUUUUUUUUUGGGGGGGGGGGGCAUCACUCCCUCUCCCGGAUUGUGUGUAUUAAGGUCUCUUAGCCUGAAAUGUUGUUUUUACCAUACAUACACAAAAAAUGUCAUUGAAAUAUUGUGCUUUAUGUUACCUCAGAUUACUGCAUCUAAAUAAACAGGUGAAAUUACUCUAUAGGGUUAAGAACCUAAAAGAACAAACCAAAAUUAACUAUUAUGGAGUAUAUAUAGCUGCAAAUAUGCAGUAUGGCAUAAACUAACCUUACAAAUAUUAAACCCAUCAAAUCUGACUCUGUGAGCUUGCCUAUUUCCUUGACUGUAAUGGCAAAAUUUUGAAGGUGGGUCCGUCAUCCCUUAAUUUUGAUUUUGCCCCCCCCCCAAAAAAAAAAGAAAAAAAAAUUCUGCAGAUGCCCAUAGUGUAGCAUAAAACUUGAUUACAAAAUAAUUUUGAUGUAGUCCGUAGUUUUAUGUAAUUAGCAUGUAUCUUUAUACCUUACUGAAACUUUUAAGUGUCUAGGAGGUUAAACUUAAACUGUGAUUCAAUAUUUAAUUUUUGUAGAAUUAAGGUAUGACCUGUAUUUUUGAAUGAAUGAAUAGUAAACUAUUUUGUAAGUUGUUGAUGAUGAUAUGUUACUAGAAAAGCAAGUACUAUAGAUAAUUUUGAUUUGAUUCACAAAUACCUUGAUAGACUUGAGUAGUGGUCAAGCAUGUGUGAAUUGUUUGUAAGAUUUUGAAAUCAAGAACAGUUUUUGAACAUGUUUGUACAUAAUACUGGAUUUUAAAAAUUAAUCCCACCCACCUUAAACUAAACCAGUGGAAAAUGAUAAGGAUUUUGGUGUGAUUGUGUAAAUAAGCCUGAAGAUAGAAUGCUCUGAUUUAUAUAUUUAUGCAUAUUUAGUUUAAGAAUAAAAUACUAAUGUUAUUUUAAUUAAUGUUUUUGUAACUUCUAUUAUUUAGAAAACUGUAGCAAGGAUUAAUUUUUGGAAAAUGUGCAUAGAUGAGCUACACUAAUGCUCUCAGGUUUAGAAAAAGUAAGGAAAUCAGCUGUUUUUAUUGAAGCAUAAAAGAACUCGAGGUGAUUUGAUUCAAGUGUUAAAAAUUAUGGAUUUUGGUAAUUUAAAUAAGUAUAUUAAUUAUACUGUAAAUUUUAGAAACCUUGUUCAUAAUGUCAUUUAGUUCUCUCUCUUAGUUUAACCUAUGGAUCAGUUUACCUCAUUUAUAAUAUGUAGUAUGUUGUAAUAACUGAUUUUUGUAGUUUUGCUGGAUAGGUAUAAGAAUCUAGAAAGGGUAAUUUAGAUGGAUUUGUGCAUAAUAUUAAUAUGUUUUGGUUAAUAAAGUGACCUUUUUGUGUAAAAUGUGGGAGGUUUGUUUGUGCAUUUAAAUCCAUUAAAUCAAAAUGAUUAGGGUUGAAAUGUGGGAUUAGUUCCCUUUAAAACAUAAUAACACUUAUAAAGGAGGCAGAUUAACUUAACUUUAAGUGGUUCUAAUUCUGUAAGAGAAAUAAGCUAAAUCAUGAUUUUAGUUGCUUCUUCAGGACUUGCCUGAGAAUUCAUAACUAACAUUUGC